UUCCGUAUACGUUUUAUGUCACCACGCGCGUUCAACUAAAUCGUUCUAAACUCGAAUAAGCACUGAACGCAGCGAAGCCUCAACGCAGUACCUCCCACCGCGACUAAACAAGAGUAAAAACAUCAUUCAUCAAAUCUUCGUGUCCGCAUAAACUCGUCUCGUUGAAGCUUCCAGUUAGCUUAAACUUAGCUUAGCUUGCUAGCUACUAACAACGAGACGCGUUUUUUUGUUAUCACAUCACGAAGCAGAGAUCGAGUGCGAGUGUAAAGUGUUGUGAUUUUCGUGUGAAAAUGUGUGCAAAAAGUGUGAAAGAAGAAGAGUACGAGGAGGAACUUUGUGGAACAAAAGAGGACAAGCGAAAACGUCAACGACUAGACGCUGUUUGCGAGCAGCCACGAGUUGUGUUCCUCGAAGCAGAUGUCAGUGAAACAUUUAUUCAUUCUCAGCAGCAGGAGCAAGAGCCCCUUCACAUUAAAGAGGAAGAGGAGGAGGAAGAGACCCGCCAAAUUAAAGAGGAAGAGGAGGAGGACGAUAUCACCAAGUUGCCAUUGACCAUUGUCGUAAUGAAGAGUGAAGAUGAGGAAGACCAAGGGCAGAAGUCACAGCUUCAUUCCAGUCAAAGUGAGGAGAACAGCGGGAUGGGGCUUCAAAGCAGCAGCUCAAGCCAACACAGGACAUCAGAAGUUGAUGAAGACCAAUGUGGAGGAUCACAAGCAGACAGCCUCUUAGCUCCACUAUCAAAUGAUGAUGAAGUAACAUCCCACUCUUCUGACACAGAUGAUGAUGAACACUCUAAAGGUGAUAUGACAUGUCACACUGACGACAAACGGGAAUGUUCUCAAUGUGACAAAACGUUUUUCAACAAGUCGUCAUUGAAAAGACACAUGAGAACACACACUGGAGAGAAACCUUUUGCCUGCUCCAUUUGUGAUAAAAGAUUCACUCAGAAGGGACAUGUACGAAAACACAAAAGAACACAUACUGGGGAGAAACCUUUUUCCUGCUCAGUGUGUGGUCUUAAAGUAAAUCAAAAGUGUAGUUUAACAAUUCACAUGAGGACACACACUGGAGAGAAACCUUUUGCCUGUUCAGUUUGUGGCAAAAGAUUCACUCUGAACACAGGUUUAGUAAGGCAUGCAAGAACACACACCGGGGAGAAACCUUUUGCCUGCUCCGUUUGUGGAAAAACAUUCACUGUAAAGAUCGACUUAAUCAGGCACACAAGAACACACACUGGAGAAAAACCUUUUGCCUGUUCAGUUUGUGGUCAAAGAUUCACUCGGAAGGCACAUUUAGGAAAACACACGAGAACACAAUCUAGAGAGAGCCCUUGUUCCUGCUCAGUGUGUGGUCUUAGGGUGAAUCAAAAAUGUAGUUUAAUAAUUCACAUGAGAACCCACACUGGUGAGAAAACCUUUUCCUGUUCAGUUUGUGGUAAAUGCUUCUCUCUUAAGGGAAGUUUAGUAAGGCACGCAAGAACACACACUGGAGAGAAACCUUUUACUAGUUCAAUCUGCAACUUUAGUGGAAUAGAAAAUCUUUGUCCUGAGCAGCAGGAGUGGAGCUCUAGGGUGGAGCAGCAGGCCCUCUACAUUAAAGAGGAAGAAGAGGAUAAUGCCACCGAGUUGCCAUUGUCAGGUGCCCCUGUGACGAAUAUAGAUAAUGAACACUGUAAAAGUGAUAUGACAUCUCACUGAAAACAAACACUAGAAAUGCGCUCAAUGUGAAAAUAUAUGGUACCAAAUGAAGUUGAAGAAGACACAUGAUGUUCUACACAAGAGAGAAACCUUUCCAUUUCCGAGAAGGGACAUUUGAAUGCACACACAAGAACAUGAAGGAAACUUUUGCCUGCUUAGUAAAAGAUUCACUGGGAAGACACUAGAACAAACUGUGGAGAAACAUUUUGCCUGCUCAGUCUGUGGUAAGGUUCUUCUACAAGGGACAUUCGGAACACACAACAACACACACUGGAGAGAAACCUUUUACAACUUCAGUCUGUAAUUUUAAUUCAGGACUGGACCGCAUUGUCCCGAGCAGCAAGAGUGGCUCCAGGGUGGAGAAGCAGCAGCGUCUCACCACUGCACCUGAGGUUACUGUAUGACCAAAUUUAUAUAUUUAAUCUCGCCAAAGGCUAGCUCCAAGACUGUAAAGCAACUGUCCUGGGUCUGCCCAGUAGUGUAGUUUGGCCUUGUCAACCUUGCGGUUCUGAGACUGACUCUGCUGGACAACACUAUGUACAGGUUUGGCAAUCCCGAGCAUUUGGUGUACUUUGUAAAUAAGAAACAAGAAUGUGGCUUUCAAUGAACAAGGGUAAAAUAAAAAAACGGAAACCCGCUGCAGCAUCGGAGGUACUUUGAGUCUUUUGAUAUGGAGGCCCCCUUGUUAUUUUUUGUCUUUUAUUUUUGGUCUUGGAACACAACUUGGGCAUUGUGAUCUAUUUUUGUUGCCACUGUGCAAUUAUACAUUGUUGAAGGGCUGCAGCUAUCGAAUAUUAUGAGAAUCUAAUAUUCUAUCGAUUAUUCAAGUUGAUUAAUCAAAUAAUCAGAUAAAAACUUACUUAACUUUAAAGUGUAUUCUUUAUUAACUGAUUAUUGUUGUUCAUUUGUCAUUGUAUAAUGGUUAAACUGAACCAGAAAACAACAAUGAAGCAAUAUCACACCAGAGGGAGUGAUGUUGAACUCACAAGUGUUUUUGAAACUGCUACAUUAAAUUUGUGCCCUUCUCAAAUUCUCAUUUUUUGCAGUUUCUCCACUUUAAUGUUUAAGAUCAUCAAACAAAUGUAAAUAACAGACAAAGAUAAAUAUAAAAUGCAAUUUUUAAAUGGUGAUUUUUAUUUAUUAAGGAGAAAAGGGAACUAUUCAAAGCUACCUGGCCCUGUGUGAAAAGUAAUGGCCCCCUAAACCUAAUAACUGGUUGGCCCACCCUCAGCAGCAAUAACUGAAAUCAAGCAUUUUCAAUAACUGCCAAUGAGUCGUUCACAUCUCUGUGGAGAUGCUCGGCAACAAUGGAGGGUUUUCAAGCACAAACAGCCUUUUAAAGAAAAGGAUUCAAGUCCGGACUUUGAUGACGCCACUCCAAAACCUUCAUUUUUUUUUAAAGCCAUUCAGUUAAUUUGCUUGUGUGUUUUGGAUUGUUGUCCUGCUGCAGAACCCUGCACGCCUCAGCUUGAGGUCACAAACAUUCAGGAUUUUCUGGUAAAGAGCAGAAUUCAGUGUUCCAUUAAUAACAGUCGUCCAGGUCCUUAUUGAGAAAAGCAGCCCUAGACCAUCACACUACUACCACCAUGUUUGACUGUUUGGUAAGAUGUUCUUUUUCUGAAAUUCUGUGUUACAUUUAUACCAGAUGUAACAAGAUACACACAUUUCAAAAAGUUAAAUGUUCAUCUUGUCAGGCCAUAGAAAAUCCUCCCAAAAGUCUUGGCAUUCAGUUUUUUUUUCUUUCGUUAAAGUAAGACCAUCCAUUUAUUUUCUUUCUUUUUGAUCAGCAAUGGUUUUUGCCUUGGAACUCUGGCACGGAUGCCAUUGUUGUCCAGUCUCCUCUUUAUUAGGAUCCCUGCGCUUCUUUAGAUGUUGCCCUGGGUUCCUUUGUGACCUCCUGAAGGAUUCAUCGCUGUGCUAUUGGAGUCAUUUUUGUAGGCUGACCACUGCUGAGAAGGUUCACCACUGUUCCAUGUUUUCUCCAUUUGAGGAUAAUGGCUUUCACUGUGGUUUGCUGGAGUCCUUAAGCUUCAGAAAUGGCUUUGUAACCCUUUUCAGUUAGAUGUCAAUUACUACUUAUUAUUUCUCAUCUCUUGUUGAGUUUGUUUGGAUCGUGGCAUUUUGUUACAGCUUUUUGAGAGCUUUUGGCCAACGUCAUUUGGUCAUUUAGGUUCUAUUUAAGUGAUUUAUGGAUCGAACAGGUCUGGAGGUAAUCAGAUUUGGGUGUGGUCAAUGAAAAUGAACUCAGCUUUCCAAAAAAUGUUAUUAGCCACAAUUAAUUUAUGAGUUAAUAAGGGGGGCAAUUACUUUCUUACACAGGGCCAGGUAGCUUUGAAUUGUUUGUUUCCCUUAAAGGAGGUAUGGGGUCCUAAUGGUCCAUAUUUCAUUAGCAAGUUGAUUUUAUGCAUUUUCCUCCAAGAAAAUGAAACUGGCAGUCAUUUCCAAUAAUAUCAAUCUGUUUUGGAGCAAUUGAUGAAUAACAAAUUGCCUUUGAAAAUAUGCCCCCACCCCCGACCCCACACACACACACACACACACACACACACACACUUUGUUCAAGUUGGUAUUAUACCGUAUAUUGCUGUCAUACUCUUAUGUAUUUAUGUGUGGGUGUACCUGUAUUUAUACAUGUCUGUAUGAAUGUUAUGUAUGAAUGUA